AUGUUGACACGCAAUCAGGAGAAAGCGGCGACCUCAUGGAACCGGCACAUGCUAGGCACAGAAAGCCUAUGGUAUUUUGGAAAAGAAAAGUCCCGAGCCAUUGCAUUUGAUGCCCAGCAGUAUUUCCAAGUGGGUCCAACAGACGAGGCCACCGGCCUCGUCUUCGUUCCUCUCAAGACUGUUCUCGACUUGGGCUCUUCGCUUCUAGCCAACGGCUUCACGCAGAGCAAUGAUGAUGAUGAUGAUGAUGAUGCUUCGGCCCAAGCUCCGCCAAAGGUCUCCAAUUGGACUGAUGAAUACCUCCUUGACCAGAUCCCCCGCGAUUGGACAUUGUCCGAUGCGAGCAAGGAACAAAAACCCAAAAUUAGGGUCAGGCUGCAAAAUGGUGGCUAUGAUGAUCUUCACAUCAAGGUUGAUCCCUACCGCAACACAUCUGAUAGUUGGACAGCACAUGUUCGAAAGAUCCUCGGCUUGGGUAGUGGAAAGUCCUUCAAGCCAACGCGUCACUGUGAUAUGCCGCUCGACAAGCCGCUCCUUAUUCAACCUCUGGACAAGCGCCAAGGCCUGAUAAGAUCACGAUUCGAUAGGACAGUCAGCGAGUUCCUCUCGAUCUUGAUACAGGAAGCCAAUGAGACCAACAUCAAGAACAAAAUGACCCCAGGCAGCGACGACGGGAAAUGGGAAUUGAGGCUUUAUGACCAUAAAUUUGACCAGCAACAAAAGCCCCCGGGGUAUAAUUUGAUGUCAGUAGACCCUUUCGAGUUCUUUGUUACUUGGAUUCACGAGGAUGACUGGCACUCGUACAUGAUGAUGCUGGCAAAAACAGAGACAUAUCCCAUCCGCAAGUUCAUUUCCUUCAAGGAUCGAGACACAUGUAACACCUUGAAUAAUCUCAUGCUGAAAGUGGGCGAGCGAGACCUCAAAAUUCAAGGCGGAUUGAGCCUUGACGAACGAAAGAAGUACGGACUUAACUUGCAGCAGAAGGAAGAUGACGAGGCCACUAUGGCUGAGUUCAACCGCCGGAAGAUAAGCAAAGCUCUCAAAGACAAGCGUCUCCAAGGCCUGGGUUCUCAGGUAAAAACGUACAAUUUCUUACACGGCCAGACAGCCAUCGACAUCACGCUAGGGCAGGCAAAGAUGGCCGCAGCCGCGGGAAAGCGUGCCUCUCAGCUCACUCAAGCCGCAGUCAUGGGAGGCGUUUCGGCCAGCGACAUAGCGACAACUCUGGAAUGGGAAAAGCAACGAAUGUCGUCUGGUUUCUUCUCGAGCGAGUGGUUGCACCUGGCAGCAUUCUCCUGGGGAGGAUUUUUGCCAGCAGACCAGAAGUCAGGGUUCUCGACCAGUCAAAACUUGGAGAAUCUCAUAUUUGGUACAUCUGAGACCAAUUCUCUCAUGACAAGAUAUGAGAUGGCAUGGCAAGACUUCUACCGCCGAGAACAAAAGCUUCAUGAUAAGCUCGGCCCUUUGCUGCAAGAAAAUCCGAGGUCUCCGCAAGGACGUCUCGAGAUUCGCUGCAACGACUUCUCCCAGCCUAUACGCUACGAUCGCUAUACUCCUGGCAAUCAAUACAAUUUCGACUAUUUUACCAUGGACGAGAAGCUGGUCAAAGAAGUCAGGGAUGCUUCUGACAAGAUUCUCAGCAGCGACAAUCCUAAGUUGAUGCUCGACGUGUACAAUUCGCUGGGCGACACCACAAAGAGACUGAACCAGGACCAUAGGACAGCCGGACAAGCUGCGUCUCAGGCGGAAAUGCUGCUGCUUGCGCAUGAUUUUCCAGCUGUCGUCUACUCUCUCGAAUACACCAUCAAGAAUGAGUUCAUAUCCGUCCUCCUGGAUGAUCAGGCAUGUGCAAGUUACAUGUUCUACCCCUUCCACAGAUCGCUCUACCAUCAGGCCGAGGCGGUUCUCGAUGCUCUCGUCUGGAAAGCGAUCAAAGAGAAGGCAGACGCCUUGGUGGAUGACGCAAUUGAAAAGCUGGCAUCGCAGCCAGCAGGCAUACCGCCAUGGAGAAAGAAAGUCAUCCGAGCCGAGACCAAAGCAAAUCGACUAGAUCACAACUAUGCUCAUCACAAGUUCAAGUUUUUGAACGGCGACAGACCAGAGGAAAUUGAACCUGAGCAAGAAGGGCUGAGUCUGAAGAAACAGCCAGUGUUCACUAUUCUCAAGUAUAGUAGACUAUUCAAUGCUCCUUAUGGCACAGGCAGUUAUGGACAUAUCAUCGGCUUGAUCGCCGAGAGUGAUCGGCAUAAGGAGGGUGUCACUGCUUGUGGUCUCGGUAUCCGUGUGACAGGCACCAGUAUCAACCUUGAAGUCAUACCCACGUCCAGCUCUUACAUGUGA